AUGUCAUCAACCACCUCUGAUGCUUCGCCCUCUCUCUUCUCUAGACGAAGACUGCCAGCGUUCCCUCGCCGUCUGUCCAUCCGCCGUUCAAGCAGAUCUAUCAAUGCCGACGACGUCAGCUCCCCCACCACUCCUUCGCUACUAUCACCCCGCUAUGCGUACGAGAGCAUGCCGGCUUGCACGAGUCCCCCAAUUACUCAGCGGGGUAUGGACUCUACCCGAGCCACCGAGCUCUCUCGAGCUACACCGACUAGGACUCGAUCUGGCAGUAUGAGCCUCGAGAUGGAGGAAGGGGCCGAAGGGGACGCAGCCUCUACUAGUCCGGAGGAAGAGUCGUGCAAUCCAUCAUCGGAAGAGACUGAACGAGAGGCGAAGCGUAAGGCGUUCUUGAGAAAACAGGUAGAAGAGGCGUUAUCCAAAGUUGAUAAGAAUCAGUAUCUCGGAAUCCAUCCUUCUGAGCGGGGUAUACCAGAAGCAGACAAAGAGUGUUGA